AUGGACUAUAAGGAAGAGCAGCAGCAGGAGAUAGAGAUCCUCCAAUCGAUCUAUCCAGAUGAAUUGGAGGUGGUGUCGGAGAAUGAGUACACCAUAACGCUUUUGUUGGACACGGUAUCUGAACGCAAGCAUAGAGUUAUACUACAUGUUAAAUAUCCAGAGACUUAUCCUGAAGAUGAAGAUAAUGAUGAACCAAAAUUGGUUUUGAUUUCUGAACAAGUUGAAUUGGAUCAAGAUGAUUUAGAUGAGAUUAAAAGUAAUUUGAUGCAAGAAGCUGAAGACCAGAUAGGAAUACCUUCAGUGUUUGCCCUAGCGUCCUCUUUAAAGGAUCAAGCAGAACAAGUGUUUGAAAAUAAGGUGAAUGCUAAGCAAAAACAAUAUGAUGAUGCUCUAUUGGCUAAAGAAAGAGAAGAACAAAAGAAGUUCUCAGGUACUAAAGUCACAGUGGAGUCUUUUAAUAGCUGGAGGUUGAAGUUCAGAGCAGAGAUGGGCAUUAAUGACCGUAUUGAGAAAAGAAAAAAGAUGCUACAUCGUGGUAAAUUGUCUGGGAAGGAGAUCUUUGAGAAAGGUUUGGCUGGUGAUGAUGAGACUCUUGAAGAGUUGGGCGGUGAUGUUGCCACUAAACUCGCUGUGUAG